AUGGGGAAAAAAGAACACAAAUUUCGUUCAUUUUUUACUUUAACUGAACAUCCUACAAAUAAAUCGAACAAAAAAGCUAUUUGUAUUUGUUGUAUUGAAGCUAAUGGAUAUGAAAUAGCUAAAGAUAAUAAAGAUUGUUGGACAACAAAUAUAUUUAAAUAUUGUAAACUAUAUUUAAAAAAUUGUCUAAAUUUUUCUUCUAAGUAUAUAGAAGAAGAACAAGUUGAAAUUUUAGCUUUAGAUGAAGAAGAAAUUAAUUCAAUAAAAAAAAAAUCCUGUACAACUUAUAAUAGUAAGUAUUAA